AGUGUGAGCGAGCACAGAUGAUGCUGCUUGUGGAUGGAGAAUGUGUUGGUUUUGGCUUUCCUUCCUGUGCAACAAGAAUUCCCUCACUAAGGUUUGACCUCUGCAUCCUGUCACUUUGGCGCCACAUCUCCUUUGGUAAGAGCUGUUCAUUAUUUGCUGCUGGAGACUGAGCAGGUUGCUGUAAGCGAUCCUCAUUUUGGCUUAUAUCCUGUGUACCGUGUGUGCAGAGAUACACUGAAUGACAAAGGGAAGGGAGGAGGAUGGUACAGGCAGAGGAUAUCAUGUGUGUGUUAUAACUGAGGACAAGGAGCAGACAGAGUUGAAGAAAAGACAGAAGCUACAGACAUCAAUCCUUUAUUGGCCAGAAUCGGCAACAAAGACAAAAGAGGCAAAGCCUCUGAAGCUGAGACUCAGGCGUUCUGCCUCGAGAUUCCUCGGAUUCCAUGUGCCACUGGCAUCACGUUGAGGGUGAAUAGGAUGUCGGUGUCUGGAAAAAAGGAGUUUGACGUAAAGCAGAUCCUCAGGCUCCGUUGGCGCUGGUUCAGUCAUAGCACCCAGACCACAGGUGGGAAUGGGGGCUAUAUCCAACAGGAAGGUUUCGACCACCGGGGAACACCAGUCCGGUUAAAGAGUCACUCCCGGGACAGAGGAGGACUCCGCAAGAGCAACAGCCCAGUGCACAGCAUUCUGGCUCCAAACCCUGGACCCACGCCUGUUUAUGUUAGGCCAGGCAAUCGAUCAUGGCACCAGCAACAAAAUAUCAUCCAGAACCUCCAAGCCAGUGAGGAGCUUCCUAAGAGCAACUCACCUUGCAGUGCCAGGAAAGAGGAGGCGAAGAGCAGCCAUGAGGAUCUGGAGAGCAAUCCAGAGGAUCCCUGUGAGGAGGAAGCCACAGAAAGUUUCUCCAGGAUGAGCUCCAAUUGCUCAGAUGAAUUUUUCCAGGCCACAAACCAUGCAGAACAGACCUUUCGAAAGAUGGAGACCUAUCUUCAGCACAAGCAGCUGUGUGAUGUACUUUUGAUAGCCGGAGAUCACAAGAUCCCAGCGCACAGACUUGUUCUGAGUGCUGUGUCAGACUACUUUGCUGCCAUGUUCACCAAUGACGUGAGGGAGGCAAAACAAGAGGAAAUUAAAAUGGAAGGUGUUGAUCCUGAGGCAUUGAGAGCACUGGUUCAAUUUGCAUAUACCGGAGUCCUGGAGCUAAAAGAGGAGACAAUUGAAUGUCUUUUAGCUGCUGCUUGUCUUCUCCAGCUCUCACAAGUCAUUCAAGUUUGCUGCAACUUUCUGAUGAAACAACUGCACCCGUCCAACUGCUUGGGGAUCCGUUCAUUUGCUGAUGCUCAGGGAUGCAUGGAUCUUCUGAACGUCGCUCACAACUACACUAUGGAACACUUUCUAGAAGUCAUUCAGAAUCAGGAAUUCCUCUUGCUACCCACAACGGAAAUUGUCAAGCUUUUGUCCAGUGAUGACAUCAACGUUCCAGAUGAAGAAACUAUUUUCCAAGCACUAAUGAUGUGGGUUCGCUAUGAUGUGCAGCACCGACAACAGGAUCUGGGAGUGUUGCUGGCAUAUAUCCGACUCCCCCUUUUACCACCACAGCUUCUUGUUGAUCUGGAAAACAAUAAGAUGUUUUCAGAAGACCUAGAAUGCCAGAAGCUCCUGAUGGAAGCCAUGAAGUAUCAUCUUUUGCCAGAACGCCGUCCCAUGCUACAGAGCCCAAGAACCAAACCACGGAAAUCCACUGUUGGAUCUCUCUAUGCUGUAGGGGGGAUGGAUGCUUCAAAAGGAUCCACAACAAUAGAGAAAUAUGACCUUCGCACAAACAGAUGGAAUCAGGUUGGCAUCAUGAAUGGGCGAAGACUUCAGUUUGGGGUGGCAGUGAUCGAUAACAAACUCUAUGUGGUUGGGGGAAGAGACGGCCUCAAGACAUCGAACAUGGUGGAGUGCUACAACCCACUGACUAAAGUCUGGUCCACCAUGCCUCCAAUGUCCACCCACAGACAUGGAUUAGGAAUUGCCGUGCUAGAGGGCCCCAUGUAUGCAGUGGGAGGCCAUGAUGGAUGGAGCUAUCUGAACACAGUGGAAAGGUGGGACCCCCAGGCGAGGCAGUGGAAUUAUGUGGCCAGUAUGUCCACCCCGCGCAGCACUGUUGGAGUCACUGCUCUCAAUGGAAAGUUGUUUGCUGUAGGAGGUCGUGAUGGAAGCUCCUGUCUGCGAUCAAUGGAAUGUUUUGAUCCCCACACCAAUAAAUGGAGCAUGUGUGCAGCAAUGUCAAAGAGGAGAGGAGGAGUGGGUGUGGCCACAUACAACUCUUUCUUGUAUGCAGUCGGAGGCCAUGAUGCACCAGCUUCAAGCCAUUGCUCACGCCUCUCUGACUGUGUGGAGAGGUAUGACCCCAAAACAGACACAUGGACCACAGUGUCAUCCCUGAGCGUCCCCCGGGAUGCAGUGGGGGUGUGUCUGCUGGGAGACAGGUUAUAUGCAGUCGGAGGGUACGACGGCCAGACCUACUUAAAUAGUGUCGAGUCCUAUGAUGCACAAAACAAUGAAUGGACUGAGGAGGUCCCUCUAAACAUUGGGAGGGCCGGGGCAUGUGUAGUGGUCGUGAAAAUACCUUGAAAGCUCUGAUUCCCUGAGCUGUGCUCUCAUAGCACUCACAGCAGGGCAAAAAGAGGCCUGUGAUAUCAACACUUGGAAUGCUCUUUCAAUAGCAAAUACAUAUAGUUAAUCAAAGCUGAUGUCAACAUUGGGAUCAUUCAUUUAGACAGUGGUGUGCUGUUCAUUCUGUUUUUGCUCCGAUAUCUCACUACUACAGACUAGAAAAAGUAUAUAUAAAAAAGAAAAAUAAUGCUUAAGGUUUUUAACUGUAGUAAAAUUAUAUGAGAAUUCGACAUUUUAUAUUGAGAGAAAAGAAUUUGACAUUUCUCCAAAUAUAUCAUUCUAUUAUUUAUAUAUUGUUAACAUCAUGCAUUUUGACAUUAUCUUUCAGAUAAUUGAAAUCAGUUGUAUUGUAAAGACAACAGCAUACUUGUUUACUUGUGGCAUUUCAUGUAAAAUAUAUUUUGAUCUUAGAUAAACAAUCUUAAAAGACCACUGUGAAUACUUCCAGAUGUAAGCUUGCAACAAAACACUGUGUUUGCUUACUCAAAAUGUUUGUGGACACUCAUGAACAAUUCUCAUCUGAAUACACAUUUUGUCUGAGACUAGGUUCAGCACGAAAGUACUUGUAAGAAAAUUGUCUCUGAAAGUACAAGAAAAACAAAUAAAGAAAAAAACACCAAAGUAAUUAGCACUUGUUUGUAACUAAUGACUUUUAAUGGUAAUAAGGUUUACAAUAGAAAAUAUACUAAUAUAUCAUAUUGAUAUUUCUCCAUUAUGUAAAGGUUUUGUAUUGUAUAUAGUUACUGGUCCAAUGUAAUUUAUUAUCAUAACUUUUUGGCAUGCUACUUCAAUAUAUUUGAAUGCCAUUCUUUAAUAUUUUAACCAUGCUGUCAAAAUCAGACCUGGUGACAUUUGUCUUAUAUAAAUUCAAUUUUUUUAAUUAUUAUUAUUAUUAUUUUUAUUUUUUACCAUAACAUAAAUGAUUUAUUGAAGAGACUCAACUGGAAUGUAACAUGCUCAUCAAGAAUAAGUUUACUAGUGUGACAUUUUUAAUACAGAAAUGCUUUCACUAAAACAGUAAAAAUGUUCAUUGUUUUAUAUGGCAUGCAAAUGAAACUAAGAAAUAAAAAGUUAUUCUCUUUCUGA